AUGCGUUCAUGUAUCCACCAAAUAUCCAAAUCACUACUAUCUUCCAGUCUUCAAAAUAAUAAUUCUUUUCGAUCAUCAAUCUUAAAAUCAUUUCAUAAAUUAUCAUGUACUCAUCUCAUCUAUUCUCACGAACCUAAACUUAUUUUGUCUAUUCCUUCUAAAUCGUUGAAACAUUGUGUUCGAUUUCAUACUCAUCGUUUUCAAUCACAAUUAUCAGUGGAUGACGAAACAUCGACGUUUGAGACAGUAGAAGAAGAAGAUGUCACUGUCAUUGAUCCAACAAGUGAUCUAGUACAAACUUCAACGACGAAUGUUCUCGUUUCACCAAAACUAGAUGUAUUACAAGAAGAGAAUGAAAAUAUUAUUGAUGAUCCAUUAUUAUCUUUGAUUAAUAAAUGUUCAUCCUUGCAUUUCCUAUUUCCAUUAAUCUCUAUAAAUAUUCCUAAUUUAAAACAUCAUCAUAUAGCUACCUGUAUUUUACAAUCUUGUGUGAUUAUACGUGCAUUUACUCUAUUCUAUCCUGAACGUGAACAUGAAUAUCAACAACAACUGUUAACACAUCCAAUCUUUCAAUCAUUAUGCUUACUAUGUGAAAAUCAUUUAUAUCAAUUAAACUAUACAGAAAUGGUCAAUAUUUUGUUUGCUUUUACGCUUCUUGAUAUUCGUAUGCAACAAUCUGAUUUUUUAAAACGUUUAUUUACACAAUGUUCGUUAAAAUCAAAUAUAAAACAAUUCGAUUUAGAAUUAUUAAAUCGUUUUACAAUUUCUUUAAUUAAAAAGUCGAAUCGAUCAUUGGCUAUUCCUCUAUUCUCAACACUGUGUGAACGUCUAUAUGAACUAUUAGAUACAAUUUCUGAACCGGAUGGAUUAAAACAAGCUCUUAGCACCGCAGCACUUCUGGGUGGUGGAAUACCAACGAAUUCGGUGAAUGACGAUGAAUCGGAACAAUUUUCGUCUUCUCGAAUUAUUGAACGUUUAGCAGAAAUAAUUGAUAAACAUAUUGAAGAAUAUUCAUCUACAUCUCAAACAUUUUUACGUUUACCAAAUAUGGGCUUUUUUUUCCGUCAUCAUAUUUCACGAUGGUUACCAUUACUAUUAAAUUCAUGGAGUGAAAAUAUUAACGAUUAUAAUUGGUUUGAAAUUCAUCAAUUGUUAGGAAAUAUAAAACGGAAUUUACAUUUUAUACCCAAAUUGUUUGAUUUAGCUGUUGCACGUUGUGAAUAUGAAUUGAAUUAUCACACAAUGACAAGUCGUGAUUUACUCUAUAUGUGUUAUUCGUUAUAUAAGAGUGCACCGUACAAAUUAAAGCAACAAUUGGAUAAUGCAUUACAAAUACAUUUGAAUAAAUAUUCAUCACAUGAAAUCUGUAUUCUCUAUUCACAUGUUAAUCCGGAUACAUGUAAUCAACAUGAUAUUUUAGUACAAAUUCAUCAAAUAUUAAAAAUGUUUUCAUUAUCAUAUAAUCAACAAGAUGAAGAUUUUUGGCAUGUGUUAGGAACAUUAACGAACGACAUAAAAUUAAAUAUACAAUAUUAUAAUACAAAUGAUCAUGGAAUUGAUUUUAUCCGUUAUAUUCGAACAGAAAUUGAUUAUUUAAAAAAACGAUCUGAUCUAUGUUUAUUACGUAAUCAAUUUUUGACUCUCUUAGGAUUCUAUAUGAAAUAUUCGAUAAAUAAUAGCAUAAUACCUGAUACAAUCAUGAAGCACGUUGAAACCAUGAUCUCACAAUCAACAUUAAAAGAUACUGCUUCUCUGUUAUCGGCCCAUCAUCUCGUAUCAUCAUCCAAUGUAAACUCAAAUCCAUUAUUUUAUCGUCAGAUUAAUUUUAUUCAUAAAGCUAUUAUUCGUCAUAAAGUUAAUCAAGCGAAUGAAUCGUUAUAUUCACUUGGUCGAUUAUCAUCAUUUCUCAAUCAAAUAAUUUAUCGUAGUCGAUAUAUUGAUUCAAGUUUAGAACCGUUCUUUUUACGUUUACAAACAUUUGAAAUUAUUCAAUUGAAAGAUAUUCGUCAAUUAUGUCAGUUAUUCAUGUCAUCAGUUCGUUUGUAUCCAAAUAUUUUAGAUAGAAUAUGUUCAACGUUAAUUAAUUCGACAAGUGAAAUACCAUUAAGUCUAUUAGCCGUGUAUUAUAGAACAUUAAUGAAAUUAAAUUAUAUUCCAAUUCAAUGUGAACGAUUAUUUUCUUAUUCAGUUGAAUUAUACAUGGCAUAUCAGGAUAGUCAAUCAACGAUGAGAACAUCGUCAUUCAUUCGUCCAUUUGAUUCUCUUCAUUUGGCCAUAGCACAAGCGGGACUAUUACAUAAAAUUGAUCAUAGACUCAUCGAAGACGUAUUUUCAUUAGCAUUUUUGGGAAAUUUAGAUCAAAUAUCAAUCAAUGAAUCUGAAAAUGAUUUUAAACUUCGUCAACCAUUAUUUCGUUUAAAUCAAAUUUUGAGUAUUGAUCAUCCAGCAUUAGAAAUUCCCUGGUUCAAUGAUCGCUUUGGACUUGAUGUUAUUGUACCAGAAGCUCGCCGACGAAAUGUACGGUAUCCAAUGUACGAACAAGUCGAAGCAAUUUUAACCACUAUUCUUGGUAGUAAAGAUCAUUUUCUAACACGAAGUUUUUCACCAUAUUUUCAUGAAAUUGAUUUUGAAUGUAUGAUGCGUACAAGUGAUGGACAACCUGUUCCAAUGGAACCUUUAGAUGUCAGUUCUCUAACAGAUAAAACAUUGAAAACACCACCAGGUUUACAAAGAAUUGCAGUUCAAUUAACAACUCCUGGAAAUUAUUGUAUAAAUACGCGACAUUUAUUAGGAACAUCAACUGUCAAUUUCAGACAUUUGAGAACACUUGGAUAUAAGCUUGUUGUGAUUCCAUAUUACCAAUGGUAUACAAUGGAUACUGUGACAGCAAAAGUUCAAUAUUUGAGAAACAAACUAUUAGUAGGUGAUGUGGAUCCAAACGAAAUGUAA